UUGAGAUGAGCACACACCGGUGCCGGUUGCAGGCGUGCAGACAGCGCCGGGAGGGACGCGGACUGAACCGUUCAUCAGCAUUGUGUCAUGAUUAAAAAUAAUCCUCAGACUGUGUGACUGACUCUUUAAACCGUGAAGAUGCUGACAGACAUGAUCGUGGAGCAAGAAUUUGAGAUCAAGGAGGAGGAACCGUGGUACGACAAGCAAGACCUUGAGCAUGACCUGCAGCUGGCUGCCGAGCUGGGGAAGAGUCUUCUGGAGCGAAACAGGGAGCUGGAGCAAGGGCUGCAGCAGAUGUACUCCACCAACCAGGAGCAACUGCAGGAGAUCGAGUACCUAACGAAGCAGGUGGACCUCCUCCGGCAGGUCAAUGACCAGCACGCUAAAGUGUACGAGCAGCUGGACGUGUCGGCUCGAGAACUGGAGCACAGCAACCACAAACUAGUUCUGGACAACAGGACGGCCCAGCAGAAGAUCCAGGGGCUGACAGAGACGGUGGAGCUGCUGCAGACGCAGGUGGAGGAGCUGCAACAUCAGGUGGAGGAGAUGAAGCUGAGUCCCUCUCCCCCUCCGAAGCCUCCGCACAGAGAGAAGUGGCCACCUCGCAGCACUCAGAGUGUGUCCUGCCUGAAAGAGCUGCAAAACACACUCAGGUAUGACUACGAUGAACCCUCAGAUGGCCUCCAGUCCUCCGACAUGUCGUGGCACGAAGAGGAGCAGGCGUCGCUUCGACAAUCCCUCCGCAACCUCCAGACUCAGUUCGCCAAUGAGCGUGCUCGGAGGGAGCAGUCAGAGCGAGAGGCCGAGCUGCUUGCCAGAGAAAAUGCAGCGCUGGAGCAGCAGCUGGCAGGGAUGGAGGGCUGUCAGGUCCGAGUGGCAGAGCUGGAGCGCGAGGCGGAGGAGCUUCGUCAGCUCUGGAAAUCAGAUUCCUCCCAGAGAUCCACCAGACCGGACGUCAUCCACAGCCUGCUGCGCAACUCCAUGUUCCUCAACGCGGAGGAGGAGAAUGAUGGCGCUGCAGAGAAAAGCCCCUGGGUCCUGAAGCGCUGGGACAGCGAGCGGCUGAUGAAGGCGACACAUAUGCCUGACUCUCCCGACAGGAUCUAUGACCACGAGUGCUCCUGCGUGCGUCGGGCCGAGGUGGUGAAGUAUCGUGGGAUCUCGCUGCUAAAUGAGGUCGACGCCCAGUACAGUGCCUUGCAGGUGAAGUACGAUGAGCUGCUGCGGCGCUGCCACCUGGUGCAGCAGGAGGAGGAGCAGGAUGGGCAGACCCAUAGGUCGGUCCAGACUGCAUCUCUCGCUGCCACUUGUCCUACUCUCACAGACAUGGGGGACUUUACAGACGACUUUCACCAGCCGGAGUAUAAGGAACUUUUUAGGGAAAUCUUCUCACGCAUUCAGAAAACCAAAGAGGACCUGAUUGAGAACAGAGGGCGACUUUCAGCUGGUGAAAUGCUGCCUAUUUUGCAUCAAUAGCUCGCAAAAAAAAGAAAGAAAAAGAUGCUUCAAGAUUUAUUAUUGUCUUCCAGUUAAAGAGCGACUCUUUGGAAAGACUCUUACAGCAGCACUUGACGUUAACUCUACACUUUACUGUAUGUUAUCCGCCCAGAAAUGGUGAUCGCCUUGGGAAGGGGUUAAGAGACGAGAGUGAUACAGGAACCAGAAGGCCAAACACCACCAGCUUAUGUCUCAGAUGAGGCUCAUUUUGCACAGAAACACCAGUGCCUAACGCCGCCGUCUCUACUGUGCAAUCACUCUACCUCACUUUGCACAAACAAACUCCUGAGGAAAUCAUUUCUGGGUCUUCCUUUAUCGGUAACACUUUAUUUUAUGGGUCCUAUAGUUUCCUAGAAAGAUGUAAGUUUCACAGAAAGUUUCCUGGAAAAUAUGUAAAGAUGUAAUUUGGUGCUAAUAACAGAGAGAAUGGUAGUUCAGCUCACAGGGUGUGGACUGUGAUUAUGAGCCUGCCAUUGGCCGCCUGUUUCAGAUGGAAUUCUCCCCUUCCACUAUCUGCGUGCUACAGUUUCCAAAGUCCCUGACGCUAUGUGAAACUAGUCCCGCCAAACCUGAGACACAAGACAUGAAACAACCUCUGAGCUAAAAACAGCAGCGCUCGCCUCCCCACCCUGCAAAUGUUCUACCGAAACAAGUUCCCUCCCAGGUGUAACCAAAAGACUUUUAGGUUACCCCUAACCCUAAAGUCUUGAAGUCAGUGCACAGUGGGUCAGCUAAACCAUCGGUUCCCAACUGGUCAAGCCUCAGGAUUCAGGUUUCUCCUUAGUCAUUAGUUCAAGGUCCUCACGGUUUAAUACAUUCAGCAUCAUACUUGCGCU